AUGGGUGACAUAAACCCAUCGACAUCUCAUGCCUUUCAGCCAGAGGGCUUCAGUUCGCCGUACAGAAAGAGGAGGACCGUCGAGGAUUUCAACAAGUUUUGCACCUUUGUUUUGGCCUAUGCCGGUUACAUCCCAUACCCGCAAGAGGACUCUCCAUUGCGCAGUAGCUCGAGCCCCCCCAACAGCACAGGCAGCACCGCUGACAGCGAUGGCUGGGCCCCAGUACCCCCUUCCUCCUGCCCCCAGCGUCCUACAAAGCUCCCCCAGGACAGAAACAGGAAGCGUCCUCAGCCAGGGUCCACGCUGUCCAGCCACACCAGAAGAGACCACUCCAUCGCCAGCCUGCACCCAGAUGACCACAGGAAAGCUGACAAGAUGAAGAAGAAAAAGAGGAGAAAGGAACGGGAGCUUCAGUCUGGUGAUGAAAGCAGGGCACAGGAGGCCCGCUCGGCAGCCUCGCAGCUGGAGUCGCCACUUUCCUUUGGUGGCAGAAUGAUCAAAGAGGAGCCUGAAGACGAUCUCAGCAUCCCCCUUCACCCCCAGUGCCUGCCCACCUGCAAGGAGGAGCCCAGCGAAGAGCGUCGACACUGGGACGGUCGAGACCUUGAAGAAGGGGUGGUUAAGGUACAGAAAGUGGAGGGCUUCUCAGGAAAUCGAACCGUGUUCCGACAGGGCAAACAGGUGGUGUUCAGAGACGAGGACGGGUCGGGAGAGGACGAGGACAUAAUGGUCGACUCGGACGACGACUCCUGGGACCUGGUGACUUGUUUCUGUAUGAAGCCUUUCGCGGGCCGAGCCAUGAUCGAGUGCAACAAGUGCAACACCUGGAUCCACCUGUCGUGCGCCAAGAUCCGCAAGAGCCACGUCCCGGAGACGUACGUGUGCCAGAGCUGCAGAGAGACACACGGAACCGCCGACGCCCGUCGCUCCCACCGCUCCCGCGUCGGCUCACGCAAACAUCUUUUGGACUGA